AUUUUCUUUUAAACUAAAUCAUGCGUGCCGAUUGGCUAACAGGCACGAGUAUGUAUUAAGCAAAACUAAUAUGCAUGGAUAAUAGGUAUGAUGUUUCCGCAGGCAGGUCUAUCCAUUACGCUCACGUCCGGAGUCCCGGUUUGGUCAUGUACGUGAUACCCAUCAUAGAUGAUAACAACGGGGAGCUAUAAAACAGGCAGCUGCCAGAACUUAUUCCGCAGGAGCUUUAGCACUCUGUCCUUCCUUUUUCUCUCAGCCCACGAUGACGGAUAUCAUCGAAAAGCCUCGUCACUCCGACACGUCGAACAACUCCUAUGCAACUCGACCCAAUGAUGUCUCUGCCCUAGGCGUCGUUGACUUCGCUGACUGCGAUCAAUGUUCCCGGUACCCCAACCGAUGGUCAAACAUCAGGGAGCAGAUCUCCGCACCUGCAGCCGAGUUCAUGGGCGCCUUCGUUUUAUGCUUGCUUGGGUGUGGUGGCAAUUGCCAGGCAAAUCUUUCCGCCAAUAAAAAUGUGUCUGCAAGCCCAGCGGGGGAUGCUCUCACAUCCAACCUCUCUUGGGCUCUCGGACUGUCCCUUGGUGUAUGGCUCUCUAUGAACUACUCAGGCGGUCAUUUGAACCCUGCGGUCACCAUAGCAUUUGCUACUGUCCGCGGGUUCCCCUGGAAGAAAGUUCCUAUCUACCUACUUGCGCAACUCCUGGGAGCCUUAUGUGGGGCAGGUGUAGUCUACGCUACUUACUUCCAUGCGAUCGACAUCGCCGAAGGGGGUUCUAAUGUUCGUACAAUUGCCGUGUCUGGCAACCUUUUCGGGACCUACGCAGCCGAUUACCUUACUUCAGUCUCCGCCUUCUUCGCUGAAUUUAUAGGGUCUGCCAUGCUCAUCACUGGAAUUUUCAUGGCCACGGAUAAAAAAAAUGGACCUGCACCUCCUGGUGUUGUUCCUGUUGCAAUAUUUCUUACACUUCUUGGCAUCAGUUCGGCUCUUGGCAUGGAUACCGGAGCGGCCCUUAAUCCUGCUCGUGACCUGGGCCCCCGUAUCCUCACCGCCAUGGUUGGAUAUGGUAGCGCAGUCUUCAGCUUCAGAAACCAGUAUUGGCUUUGGUGUCCUAUUCUUGGUCCAAUUUUUGGCAUGAUCGUAGCUGCAUUCUUCUACGAUGCUAUGCUUUACAGGGGUUCCGAGAGUAUCACGAACAAGCCGACUGAAGAGGCUGAAAGGCAUCACCUGCACUCGUGCGCUCGCCAGACAAAACUUCAUGGGGUUGCAGAUACAGUUUGAUGAUUGAAUGACGCUAGUAACUCGGACAUGUACUUACUAAGAUUUUGACGACCUCGUAUCCUUACACGACUAUCUGUUGCUACAUGUUUGCGAAAUGAUUAAUUGCGCAUGCUCUUAAUGAUGGCGGCAGACAUCAUUGACUAACUAGUGACUCCUUUUGCACGAGUGUUUUUGUUUUAUAUUUCGAGUUAAGUCCGAUAAACGAUACAUAAUGCAUUGCAUAAACGAUGACCGAGAACAAGUCGGACUUUACAUAACGUCAC